AAUAUCUCACCUCACCUUGGUUAGCGGUGGAAUGGAAUGAAAGCAAAGAAGAGAAUCAGAAAUUGACUUGCCCUUUUCUCUUCUCAAUCAUACAUUCCAAACACUCUCCUCAGUAGCCACCUCACUCUCACUGGGUUGUUUUGUUUCUCAAAUUAAAAUUAGGGUUUUAUUAUUUGAAUUCCAGUGUGAAUUUCAAUGGAUAACAUUGGUUUACCACCGACGCCGGGAAAAUUGAAGCCGGAAAAGUAUCACCCACCGUCCUCCCUUCACCACCACCGUUUCAGGUUAUCCAAACUCACACUCUUCUCCACCAUUUUCCUCGCUUUCAUCCUCUUCUUCUUCAUCCUCUCCCCUUCCCCAUCCCCUUCCCCCACCUCCCCCAACCAAACCCGCUCCUGGGGCGGCUCCGACUGGGAAAAACGCGUCACCAAAUCCGCCCGCCGCAGUUCCUCCUCCUCCCUCACCGUCCUCGUCACCGGCGCCGCCGGCUUCGUCGGCAGCCAUGUCUCCCUCGCCUUAAAGCGCCGCGGCGACGGUGUCCUCGGCCUCGACAAUUUCAACCGCUACUACGACCCUAACCUCAAACGCGCUCGCCAGAAGCUUCUCUCACGCGCCGGCGUCUUCGUCGUCGAGGGAGACAUCAACGAUUCACCGCUACUCCACAAGCUCUUCGAUGUGGUGCCUUUCACCCAUGUCAUGCACCUCGCCGCUCAGGCUGGGGUUCGCUACGCCAUGAACAACCCUUAUUCGUAUGUCCACAGCAACAUCGCCGGCUUCGUCAAUCUUCUUGAAGCUGCCAAAUCAGCCAACCCGCAACCCGCCAUUGUUUACGCCUCUUCUAGCUCUGUUUACGGGUUGAAUUCCAAGGUUCCGUUCUCCGAGAAGGACAGAACGGACCAGCCGGCGAGUCUCUACGCGGCGACGAAGAAGGCCGGUGAAGCAAUUGCGCACACUUACAAUAACAUUUAUGGCUUAUCCACCACUGGUUUGCGGUUCUUCACGGUGUAUGGUCCUUGGGGUCGACCUGACAUGGCGUAUUUCUUCUUCACCAAGGAUAUUCUGAAGGGGAAGCAGAUUACUGUCUUUGAAGCCCCUGAUGGUGGAAGCGUUGCUAGAGACUUCACCUACAUUGAUGACAUUGUGAAGGGGUGUUUAGGGGCUCUGGAUACGGCGAAGAAGAGUACUGGUAGUGGAGGUAAGAAGAAGGGGCCUGCACAGUAUAGGAUUUUCAAUUUGGGGAACACUUCGCCGGUGCCGGUGAGUGAGCUUGUGAGCAUAUUGGAGAAGCUUCUGAAGGUGAAGGCGAAGAGGAAGGUGAUGCCAAUGCCUAGAAAUGGAGAUGUGAGGUUUACUCAUGCCAAUAUUAGCAGAGCACAGGGGGAGCUUGGUUACAUGCCCACUACUGAUUUGGCUACUGGACUGAAGAAGUUUGUGAGGUGGUACAUUGACUUUUACUCUCCUAGUAAUUACAAGGGUCCUUGGUGAUUUCAUAUGUGUUUGCUUUUGUUCUGCUAUGCUGCAUAACACUGUGGAAUGUAAUCUCCCUCCCUCUAGGCAUAAUAUAAUAGGGAAGGGAGGGAAGGGAAGAACAAGGAUAGAAUCAUGGUCUCUUUACUUUUAAACUUGUUGACUUUGAUCUUCCUAUUUAUGCCUUUUUAUCGUAGUCUUUGUACAGUUUUUGGCGCACACCCGGGAUCCGGUCACCAUUUGGAUCCCGACUAUUCGUGUUCGGGAUUUAGUCACAAUUAAUGUUUGUUUUGCUCCACAGAGUAUCGUGCUAGAUUCAAACGCGAGAGCUCUUCUUGCACACGCUUGUGUUGCUAGCUGAGCUUAGUGGGAAGUCUUGGUACAGUUUGUAAUUGAAUUUAGUGACUAAGUUCAUAUUCCUUA